CCGAGGCGGCGCGCGGCGCUGACAGCUGAGUCGGCUCGCGGCCUCCCGACCCCCUCGGCGCCGGUCCACGACCCCGGCCUGGCCUGCCCCGGAGCCAUGAGCCCCGGGCUCCUGCUCCUCUGCAGCGCUGUCCUGCUCGCCUUCGGCCUCUGCUGCACCUUCGUGCACCGCGCUCGCAGCCGCUACGAGCACAUCCCCGGGCCGCCGCGGCCCAGUUUCCUUCUAGGGCACCUCCCUUGCUUUUGGAAAAAGGACGAGGCUUGUGGCCGUGUGCUCCAAGAUGUAUUUUUGGACUGGGCUAAGAAGUAUGGACCUGUUGUGCGGGUCAAUGUCUUCCACAAAACCUCAGUCAUCAUCACAAGCCCUGAGUCAGUCAAGAAGUUCCUGAUGUCAACCAAGUACAACAAGGACUCAAAGAUGUACCGUGCGCUCCAGACAGUGUUUGGUGAAAGACUAUUUGGCCAAGGCUUGGUGUCCGAAUGCAACUAUGAGCGUUGGCACAAACAGCGCAGAGUCAUGGAUCUGGCCUUCAGCCGAAGCUCCUUGGUUAGCUUGAUGGAAACAUUCAAUGAGAAGGCCGAACAGCUGGUGGAGAUUCUAGAAGCCAAGGCGGAUGGGCAAACCCCGGUGUCCAUGCAGGACAUGCUGACUUACACCACCAUAGACAUCCUGGCUAAGGCAGCUUUUGGAAUGGAGACUAGCAUGCUGCUGGGUGCCCAGAAGCCUCUGUCCCAGGCAGUGAAGCUGAUGUUGGAGGGUAUCUCCGCAUCCCGCAACACUUUGGCAAAGUUUAUGCCAGGGAAGAGGAAGCAGCUCCGUGAGAUCCGGGAGAGCAUUCGCUUUCUGCGCCAGGUUGGCAAGGACUGGGUCCAGCGUCGCCGGGAGGCCCUAAAGAGGGGUGAGGAUGUCCCUGCUGACAUCCUAACACAGAUUCUCAAAGCUGAAGAGGGGGCCCAGGAUGACGAGAUUCUGCUGGACAACUUCGUCACCUUCUUCAUUGCUGGUCACGAGACCUCUGCCAACCACUUGGCAUUCACAGUGAUGGAGCUGUGUCGCCAGCCAGAGAUUGUGGCGAGGUACCUCAUGCUACAGGCUGAGGUGGAUGAGGUCAUCGGUUCUAAGAGGCACUUGGAUUUUGAGGAUCUGGGGAGACUGCAGUACCUAUCCCAGGUCCUCAAAGAGUCACUGAGGCUGUACCCACCAGCAUGGGGCACCUUUCGCCUGCUGGAAGAGGAGACCUUGAUUGAUGGGGUCAGAGUCCCUGGCAACACUCCACUCUUGUUCAGCACCUACGUCAUGGGGCGGAUGGACAUAUACUUUGAGGACCCACUGACUUUCAACCCUGAUCGCUUCAGCCCUGGAGCACCCAAGCCACGGUUCACCUACUUCCCCUUUUCUCUGGGCCAUCGCUCCUGCAUUGGUCAGCAGUUCGCUCAGAUGGAAGUGAAGGUUGUCAUGGCCAAGCUACUGCAGAGGCUUGAGUUCCGGCUGGUGCCUGGGCAGCGCUUCGGGCUACAGGAGCAGGCCACACUCAAGCCACUGGACCCUGUGCUAUGUACCCUACGGCCCCGGGGCUGGCAGCCUGCACCCCCACCACCACCCUGCUGAGGGGCCCGUUGGGCAGGAUAAGACUCCUUGGGCUAGGGCCGUGCCCACCUUCCUCUCUGCCCUGGCCCCUAGCCACUCUCCAUGCUGGCUCCCAGUGGGCCCUCUGCCAGCCACCUGCUUCACACCCCUAGCGCUCUCUGUCCUUUGUGGACUGGCCCUUGCCUAACCCCCAGCUACCACCAUUGUCUCUCCCCUACCUCCAAAAUUUUGCACAAGCCACUUCCUCUGACAAGGCACCCUAACUCUUGCUCACUCCCUAAAGCCCUCUUCAGGUGUCAUCUCCUCCAGGAAGCCCUCCCUGCCACCCCCGGCUGGGCCAGGGGCCCCUUGUCUGUGCUCCCUCAGUCACCUGUGCUACCUCUAACACCACACUGACCACACUGUAUUGUGAGUGUCUGUUGAUAUGACCAACUGUCCAGCCUGGCUACGAGCGCCUCAGGGGCAGGGUCUGCGUGUGAUUCCUCUCUGAGUCCCCUGUGCCCACCAGGGCCUGGCACAG